AACCUAAUUUUGAACACUGAACUCAAAAGAGAAGAAGAAAAGAGUCAAGUCUUGGGUGUCCAUUAAUGGGAGAUCUCUGUUAUGUUCAACACUUGCUCGAGAGACAGAUAGAAACCAGGCUGCUUCGUCAUUGUUUCUCCUCUGAAGCAUUUUCGUUAUUUCUGUUUGCUGUAUUAAAAUUUCCUAAAAUAGAAAGACUAUGAAACCUCAUUUCCCUAAAAUCUCUCAUAUUCUUGAUAGGCUCUUCGUAAUUUCAGGAAUCACUCACAAUUCCAAAUCUCUCUCUCUCUCUCUCUCUCUCUCUCCAUUAAUCUCAGCAUAUCUCUUUCUCUCUAACCCACAAGUCUUCCUUUGAUUCUUUGAUUUCAAUUCGUUUUCUUCAUACAAAAACAUUGAGACACAUAUUUAAUCCAUAUUUCGAGAUCAGUCUUGCUGACCUCAAAUUUUCCAGUUUCGUUACAUCUACAGAAAAAGCUCCUCUCUUUUUUUUUUGUCUCCCAUUUGAUUUUAAGAUUAGCGUCUAAUCCAACAAGUUCCAACAAGGUCUAAAGAUCAAAAGCUCAAAUCUUUGUUCUUUGUUGGUGGUGUGGGUGGGAAGAUUUCAUUUUCAGUGGAGAAGAAGAAAAAAGGAAAGAUUAGGAAGCUAAUCAAAACAUACAGUUUCCUGAUUCCGGUCAGGAAACUGUGGAGCAUUGACGGAAUCACGAAGCCGUGGAGAAUUAUGGGCUGCAAUUGCACCAAAGGAACACGGCCUGAUAAUGAUAACGUCGAUAACAGCAACAGCAUUGUCAGCAAUGUCAAUGUCAAGGAGAGAAGAAGCAAGCCUAAGAAAACCCCCAAGAAGAAGAAAAAAUCAAAAUCUGCUUCUUCGAGCAAAGACAACAAUGUAGGAUUCGAGGAACGAAGCAACGACAAUAAAGAAGCCUCCUUGACGUUGUUGAUACCCAUUGAUGCCAAGAAGGAUGAUGAGUCCGAGAAGAAGGUGAAUCUCGAGAGAAAGUCUUCUAGAUUGGUGUUUCAGAGACGGCCCACCGGUAUUGAGGUUGGUGCCAACAACAUAGGGACAUUGCAGCAACCUAAGAUGACUAGAAUAUGCAGUGUUAGUAAUGGAGAAAGAGGAGCUCAGGUUAUGGCUGGUUGGCCUUCAUGGUUAGCUUCUGUUGCUGGCGAAGCUAUCAAUGGAUGGAUUCCACGAAAGGCUGAUUCUUUCGAGAAGUUGGAAAAGAUUGGACAAGGGACGUAUAGCAGUGUGUACAAAGCCCGGGACCUAGAGACGAACCAAUUAGUUGCACUGAAGAAAGUGCGGUUUGCUAAUAUGGAUCCCGACAGUGUUCGGUUCAUGGCUAGAGAAAUAAUCAUCCUUCGAAGGCUUGACCAUCCUAAUGUUAUGAAGCUUGAGGGUUUGAUCACUUCAAGAGUAUCAGGAAGUAUGUAUCUUAUAUUUGAAUACAUGGAACACGAUCUUGCUGGCCUAGCUUCAACCCCUGGGAUUAACUUCUCUGAGGCACAGAUUAAGUGCUAUAUGAAACAGCUGCUUCAUGGUCUUGAACAUUGUCAUAGCCGAGGUGUAUUGCAUCGUGACAUCAAGGGCUCUAAUCUGCUGCUUGACCAUAACAACAAUCUCAAAAUUGGAGAUUUCGGUCUUGCCAAUUUUUACCAAGGUCACCAGAAGCAGCCUCUCACUAGCCGCGUUGUAACUUUGUGGUAUCGUCCACCUGAACUAUUACUUGGUUCAACAGACUAUGGUGUUACAGUAGAUCUGUGGAGCACAGGAUGCAUACUAGCUGAACUCUUUACUGGGAAACCUAUCAUGCCCGGUAGAACCGAGGUAGAACAACUACACAAGAUCUUCAAACUCUGUGGAUCACCUUCUGAAGAGUAUUGGAAAAUAUCAAAAUUGCCACAUGCCACCAUCUUUAAACCUCAACAACCUUACAAGCGGUGUGUAGCUGAAACAUUUAAGAGUCUUCCAUCUUCAGCUUUGGCCCUAGUUGAGGUUCUUUUAGCUGUAGAACCAGAUGCUCGUGGAACCACAGCUUCUGCCCUUGAAAGCGAGUUCUUUACUACAUCGCCUUUGGCAAGUGACCCAUCAAGUUUACCAAAGUACCAACCGAGAAAGGAAAUUGAUGUGAAGGCUCAAGAGGAGGAGGCAAAACGAAAGAAAGACACUAGCAGUAAACAGAAUGAUUCAAAACAAGUAUCUAGAGAAUCUAAAGCUGUGCCGGCUCCAGACUCCAAUGCCGAGUCUCUGACAUCAAUACAAAAACGUCAAGGGCAGCAUAACCAGGUAAGCAAUAGUGACAAGUUCAAUCCUGGUGAAGAUGCAGCUAGCUUCCGGAUAGAACCACUGAAGAGUGGAACUGCAAAAGACGGUCACACUCGUUAUGGUGUGUCCUCGGUGAAUAGAAAUGGAGAGAAUGUUAUGAUGGGCUCGAGUCGGUCUCCUAGAAAAGAACUGAGGACACAACGGUCUUUUGUCCAACGCGGAACAGCCCAAUUGUCAAGAUUCUCAAACUCGGUAGCUGCUAGAGAUGGAUCACAUUUCGCUAUAGCAAAUCCACGGUGGUUUGAAGAUAGUUAUAACAAUAAUAACGGAAGGCAAAACGGAGGUGCUUGGUCCCAACGUUUGGUGGUUAAACACAAAGAGUUUACAAAACACAAAGAAUCUAUAACGGUUAACGGUGAAAAGAAAGAGAGAAUGCACUGCUCAGGGCCUUUGGUUUCUGCAGGAGGAAACUUAGAUGAAAUGUUGAAAGAACAUGAAAGGCAGAUUCAGUUAGCGGUUCGCAAAGCUCGGGUGGAUAAGAAGACGAAUAGAGGCGAUAACAGACAGACUCAAGCGUUUCUUGCUGCAAAUGGCAGGUGAGAUAUAUCAGGAAAGGAUAAGAAAGGAAGAAACUUUUGGGAUAUCAGACAAAAAGAGAAAGAAAGUGUUGCGGUUUUGCAAUGUAGAGUCGACUGAUCUCUGGUGGGGUCUUGUAUGAUAUUUGUGUAUUUUGUUUAUUCUUCAUUCUUGUAUGAUAUUAAGAUUUAUUAGUCCUAGUAGAAUCAAUCAUUAUUGUUAUUUUGGUAUUUCAAUUGCACUAAACGGUCUAACAGA